UUUGAAUGGUAUAAAUUCAUCGAGGAAAAACAAACAUGGCGGAAAUCGAGAAGUGGAUUGAGGUAGCAAAAGAAUGUAAAUACUUGCCUGAAAAUGACCUUAAAAAACUUUGUGAUAUGGUCUGUGAACUUCUGCUUGAGGAGUCAAACGUCCAGCCUGUUUCUUCACCAGUAACAGUGUGUGGGGAUAUACAUGGACAGUUUUAUGACUUGAUGGAAUUAUUCCGAACAGGAGGGCAGUGUCCAGACACAAACUACAUUUUUAUGGGAGACUUUGUUGACCGUGGAUAUUAUAGUUUGGAAACUUUCACAUUGUUACUGACACUAAAAGCCAGAUGGCCAGACAAAAUAAUUCUGUUGAGAGGAAAUCAUGAAAGCAGACAGAUAACUCAGAUAUAUGGAUUUUAUGAUGAAUGUCAGUCUAAAUAUGGGAAUGCCAAUGCCUGGAGGUAUUGCUGUAAAGUGUUUGAUCUCCUCACAGUAGCAGCAAUUAUAGAUGAGUGUGUUUUGUGUGUCCAUGGAGGUCUGUCCCCAGAUAUAAAGACCAUUGACCAGAUUAGAACAAUUGAGAGGAAUCAAGAAAUCCCUCACAAAGGAGCUUUUUGUGAUUUGGUAUGGUCUGAUCCUGAGGAUGUUGAGACAUGGGCAAUCAGUCCCAGGGGUGCAGGAUGGCUCUUUGGGGCAAAGGUCACAAAUGAGUUUAUGCAUAUCAACAACCUGAAACUUAUAUGCAGAGCUCAUCAGUUAGUGCACGAAGGCUAUAAGUACAUGUUUGAUGAGAAACUUGUGACAGUCUGGUCAGCACCUAACUACUGUUAUCGAUGUGGAAACAUUGCAGCAGUUUUAUCAUUCAAAGAUCCAGACACAAGAGAGGCCAAAUUAUUCCGUGCUGUACCAGAACACGAGAGGGUCAUUCCAGCACGCACAACAACUCCAUAUUUUCUAUAGGACAGUCAUAAGUUUUUAAUUCAGCUUUUGGAUCGGUGACAGAUUUGGAACAAAAUAUAUAUUGUCUCAUUAAAUGAUAAAUGAAAUAACAGGAAAAUAGAUUACUCCAUUAGUAAAUUAAAAUUUAAAAAAAAGCUCAUAAAUUAUCAUGUGUUAUGACAAUUUACAUUGAUUGUAAAGCCUUCAGGUUGUUUUCAUUUUUUCACAUAAGAAUGUGAAAAAGUAAACAUUUCUCAUGGAUUUUAGAACGUUUAUAACAUACGCAGACAUUAUCAAAACAUUGAAGAGCAUGUCAAUUUAAAACCUCUUUAUUGAAAUCUGAUCUUUUAUAAUUGUGUUUGUAAAUAAUGUAAAUAAAUGUAUUUUUAAACAA